AUCCUCACCUUAACAGGGCCCUUCAUUCUCCACCAACAGUAUCCUUCUUUUCCUCUAAAUCCCCCAUCAUUAUCUCUCUCUCUCUCUCUCCCCCCUCGUUGUCUUCAAAAAUGGUGGUAUGAAGGAACCUAAAGAACAUUUUCGAGAACCCAAUGGCUGAUGAUUCAUACUCUCCAUGGGGGCAGCACCUUCCUUCAACCUCCUCUGUCUCCUCCUUUGAGAUAUUCGGCGAGCACUGCCAUUCCCCCUCCUCCACCACUUCUCCUCCUCCUCCUCCUCCUACUCACCACCAAUCCAUUGCCUCCAUGCCAGAGCCCCAUAAUACCCCCGCCUUCAAGAUCAUCGACGAGCUCUGUCAUGCCGAAAAAUCCGAUUUUUAUCCCAACAGCGACGCAAAUAUGCCAAGCAAGUCAACGUGCGAAAGGAGCAGUUUUGAGGAGGUAGGAGAAUACAGGAGGAGCAACUCAGAUGUCGGACAGAGAAUAGCUGCCUCUGGCAACGGCGACGGCGACGGCGUGGGCCAAGUGGAAUUUCCACCACCGAUAACUACUAUAGGAAGCGGCGGGAAGCCGAGAGUGUAUUUCAAAUCGUUUCGGAAAGAUGGGAGAUUUGUUUUGAGGGAAAUAAGGAUUCCAACGCAGAGAUGUCUGCAAUCGAAGAGGGAAGAUGGGAGGCUGACGAUGCAAGUUUUGGGGCCAAGAGAUGAGGAAGAGGAGAUGAUGAAGGGAGACAGAGAAGAUAACUAACUGGUUAAAAUGUUGUCAUGAUCGUUUGAUCUGGUAUUCCAAUAAUUUAGAUUCUUGAUGCUUUCUAGUAAGUGUAUGUCUGAUUUCCAUUAUUAAUUUACUCUUUAAAGGAAUGGAAAAA